CGAAUCCGGUGAGUGGAAGAUGACGUGGUGAAGUCAGUUAGCAUGGAGGCUAGCUGAAUAUCUCGACACACACACACACACACAUACACACAUAUAUAUUUAUAUAUACACACACACUCGGUUAUAACUCACAGAGUUAAAACAAAAUCAGAACACAACAUUAGUGGAAGAUGAAAUCUGCGGAAGUGUCUGUGGACCGGAAGUCGUUAAAGCGCUCGUGAAACGAUGGAUAUGAGUUUGUGUUAGUUGGGAGUUUUUCCAGAAGAGUAACAGACGAGUGAUGAGCUCCGUGUGCCCUGCGUGUGACGUCACGUCAGCGGUAUAAAGCCUCGGUGGUGUGAGAGACGUCAGGGCCUCGUUCCUCUUCCCUGUGCGCUUCACCAUGUUCGCCAAGCUGAAGAAGAAGAUCGCGGAGGAGGCGGCGACGGCCACGCCCCGCCCCGGACGCCUGCCCCGCUCCUACAGCAAAGAGUCCAUCACCUCAGUGGGAGCCGACUCAGGAGACGACUUUGCGUCGGAUGGCAGCAGCUCCAGAGACGACCUCUCCUCUCAGAUCCUGCGCCGAAACGAUCAGAUCCGAAAACUGGAGGCCAAACUGUCAGACUACGCCGAACAGCUUCGGCUAAUGCAGAAGACGAAGGAGAAGCUUGAGAUUGCAUUAGAGAAGCAUCAGGAUUCGUCUAUGCGGAAACUGCAGGAGCAGAAUGAGAGCUUCCAGGCCAACAGAGCCAAGAUGGCCGAAGGCAUGGCCUUAGCGCUGGAGAAGAAGGAUCAGGAGUGGACGGAGAAGAUGGCCGCUUUGGAGAAGGAGAAGUCCUCGUUAGAAGCUCGUCUGGACCAGAGUCUGAGUCUGUUCCAGAAGAGAGACGAUCUGGACGAGCUGGAGGGCUUCCAGAUGCAGGAACUGGCCAAAGUCAAGCACAUGCUAUUGCGUAAGGAGGAGCAGCUGAGUCAGAGGGAGCGAGAGCUGAAGCUGCGAGGGGAGGAGCUGAACACGGCCCGUCUCACGCUCGCUCACACUGAGGAAAAACUGUACGAGCUCGGGGAGGUGCACGAGGAAACCCUCAGCAUCAACGCGCAGCUACGAGCCCACAGAGACAAGCUCCUGAGUGAGAAGGACGAGGCUGAGAGGAGGAUCUCCGAUCUGGAGGCCGGAGAAGAAGAGCUGCAGCGCCUCAUCCGACAAGUCUCCGAGGAUUUCCAGAAGGCUCAGAGGGCCACCAGAGCUUUACAGAAGUCCAUGGAGUCUCUACAGUCCGAACACGACGAGCUGAAACUGCGACACGAACAGCACAAGGGCAAGGAGGAGGAGCGGGAGCGGCUGUUGGCCGGGCUGCAGGAGAAAGCUCUGUCUCUGGAGCACAGGCUGGAGGCCAACCUGUCUCAGGACGAACAUCUACAGGAGCUGUUCAAGGAGAAAUCGUUAUUGAAGGAGAGGUUAGAGGAGGCUAGAGGAGAGCUCCUGAAGGAACGAGCCAAUCACACGGCAGCAGUGAGCUCGCUGGAGGCACAGAUUUCCAGGCUGAACGCGAACGUGUCCGAGCUCCAGACGCUGCUGAGACACAAAGAUGACUCGUCCAGGUCCUACAGGGAGAGGACGGACGCGCAGAUAGCUGAUCUGGAGCAGAGGCUGAGCGACUCGGCAGAGAAGCUGAGGAGUUUGGAGGAGCAGCUGGAGAAGAAAGUGACGCACGGAGAAAAACUGCAGGUGGAGUGGGCGGAGGAAAGGGAGCGGUUACAGCAGCAGGUCUCCACGCAGAGGCAGAGAGGACUGGAGAAAACCGCCAAGCUGGAGGAGGAGAUCCUCGCCCUGCAGAGAGAGAGAGAGGCGGAGAUCAGCUUGCAUCAGGACAACGUGAAGUUACUAGAGGAGCAGAAGAACACGGUGAAGAAGCUCAGCUUAGAACUCGAGAACUCCAAAGCGGAGUUGAACAGCAGACAGACGGUGAGCGUGGAGAUCGCUAAAGCUCUGGAGGAAACCCGGAAACAGAGAGAGGAGCUCCAGCAGCAGGUCAGCAAGAUGUCCGAGUCUGCGCAGAGGGCGGAGCAGGAAGCGUGUCGGCUCUCUGAGCAGGUGGGCGUGAAGGAGGCGGAGUUAAGCAGUCUGAGGGAAGAGCUGCAGGCGACUCGCUCCGGUCUGUUCUCGCUGCAGGUGGAGUGUGAGGCGCUGCGUACGGAGUCCGAGGAAAAAGACGCUCAGAUCGAAUCCCUGCGUCAGGAAAUCCUCACACACACUCAGCAAGCUGACCCCAAUCAGUCUAAGGAGUGUGAGGUAGACAGCGUGACUGCGCAGCUGCAGGAUGUGGAGGUGUGUGUGAGUGAACAGAACGGCAGCAUCACCGUGGGCGAUGUGGACGAGCUGCAGAGAGCUAACAAAGAGUUCGAGCAGCAACUCAGUGAGAAAAACAAGACGAUAAAACAGCUGCAGCAGAGACUGACCGAGCUGAAGAGGACGCUACAGAAAGAGCUGAAACUGAAGCCGGACGCCGACUCUGACACUAAGGAGAAGCUCCAGGAAGGGAAGCCCAGCUCGGAGGCCCCGGUCCCGGCCGCUGCUCCGACUCCAGCCCCCGGCUCGGUUCAAGGCCCGGGCCUCGCGGCGUACUCGUCCCAGACGAAGGUGACGAACAGCUCGGACCUGACGGACACGCGGGAGAUCAACUUCGAGUACCUCAAACACGUCGUGCUCAAAUUCAUGUCCUCUAGAGAGGCAGAGGCGUACCAGCUGAUCAGAGCCGUCUCGGUGCUGCUGCAUUUCACACGCGAAGAAGAAGACAUGCUCAAACAGAUGCUCGAGUACAAGAUGUCAUGGUUCGGCUCGAAGCCCACACCCAAAGGCAUCGUCCGGCCCUCCGUCUCAGGAACCCCGAGCAGCUGGAUGUGAGAGGAAGAAAGAAUGACGUGACGACGUGACGUGAUGUGACGUGGGCUCUCGGAGAACGUUUAUUUAAAAUAAAUAAAUGGCUCCGGUUGCAGGUGAUCACGGAGUGGAGGGAAGUUCCAUGUGUCGGUCUCGUCCCGGAAAACAGAUGCUUCCUUCUCGUCUCGUCUCGUCUCGUCUCGUCUCUUCUGGGGUUCUCCGACACUAUCUCUUUUUUUUCUUCUUUUUUUUUUUUUUUCUGAGAUCAACCAAUCGACCAGCUUCACGUUUUGAUUUUCUUUCGUUUUUGUUUGCACGUCUUUGGAGUCUUUCCUCUAAAGACCUGGCGUAAAGCAGCUACGUCUAGCUACCUGGGGGUCGUGAAAUUAACGGACGGACGGACGAAUAAAUCGAUCAGACGGGGGGUUUUUUCCUCCUCUCGAGAGCGAAAGCUUCGCACGCUGCGUGAUCUUCGGACGUAACGGGAACGGAUUUUUCUUUUCUUCCGAUUCGUUUGCGCCAUGAAGGCUUCGAGAGGGGAAGAAAAAAAAAAAAACAAAACAAAAAAAACCACGCACGUAAGAACGUACGGCGCUUUCUAACGAAGAGAAGCGUGCAUGGACUCUGACCUCGAAGAAGCGUCUUCCCUUUACCUGCCCUGUGUGUGUGUGUGUGUGUGUGUGUGAAUUAAAUUACGACGAAGCACAUUCCAUACAUCUAUUUAUAUACAGAACUGUACAUAGCCAAUGUUUAUAAAUCGUCAGGUGUAAAAAAUGUAUUCAGCUCCGUUUGCAGGUUUUUUUCCCUUCUUCGCAUUGAUGUAUAUCGUGAGAGCGGAGAGGCGUGUACCGUACCGUACCGUACCGUCCCGUCCGUCGAGUCGAGCGUGGCCCGGGACCCGAGUAUUAACGCACGACUCGUGACGUUUUAACUGGAGAGGGAAUCUGUACACUUUAUCUAUCCGUAAGCGGAUCGUCGGGAUUGUGGCGUUUAAGAAGUGUCUGGAUGAUAUAAUAUUUAUAAUACCAGAUCGGUAACGUAGGAACAAAGCUACAGCUGGGAAUAAAAUCUAGGGACGCACCGUUUUGGGGAUUUUCCCCGCCGUCGUUUUCAACUCGACCCUCGGGUCCAGCGGUUCCGUUUUCCUCAUCGCGAUGUCGUUUAUUUUAUUUUUUUUUUAUUUUUAAAUAAUUAAACAUUUUGCGAUACUCAAACACUUAACACGUUGAAACCUCCGAAAGUCUACGUUUCUGUCUGGGGUGUUUUGUUUUUUUUCUUCCUUCUAAAAAAAAUAAAAAAGUAAUUUACAUUUAUUUGCUGCUGAUUUUUUUUUUUUUUUUUUUUUUUUUUUUAAAUCAUUAUUAUUCAUUUUUAUUCGUCCUCCUAAAACGAAUCACUGUCCUUCUUUAGCAGGUUAAAUUUGAUUAAAUUUGCGGUCUAUUUAAAUACUCGCGAUCUAAACCUUCCGGAAGUUCUCAGGUUUGGACGUUUUUAUCGUGAUGUUAUUUAAUAACGAGUCCAACGAUGAUACGAAAAUUUCAAUUAUGUACACGUCAUUAAGCAAUUUUAAGAAGUUCUUUCUCCCACAAAACGUCAAGGUUUAUAUGAGAUGACCUGAACCGUAUCGCGGAUCGUGACGCCAUCUUCAAAUCGCAAAAUCGUCAGAUCGGACCUUCUUUAGAAAAUUGUUUUUACAAUGAAUCACAGAUCAGUUUUACGCUACGUUUACGAAUCAUCUCAUCUUUCGAUUCAAGCACUGUUGUAUCUUGUAACGAUCUGAGAGGCGGGGACAGAUGCCCGAGAUCGUGAGGGGGAGGAGAGGGGGGCGGAGCGGAAAAAAAAAAAAAACCCGAAAGUUGCGACGAAAUGUUUCGAAUAGCGAUUUGAACGGAAAUUUAUUCGCAAUUUAUUCCCGUAGAGUGAUUUACGGAAUCAGCGCAGGGAACGUCCCGAGAUUUUCUUCGUAAAUUUGCACGCACUACGUAAAUGACGGCGAAUCCGAUCGGAGUUUCAAUCCGCGUAUCAGAUAUCGGGUACGAUCGGGUGUUUCAUGCUAACGUCGGUCCGAUAGCGCUACUCGGUAUCGGAUCGGUGCAUCCCUACAGAACUCUGGCGUAUUCCAGACGGGUCGGUUGGAUGGUUUUCGGGGUCCCGGUGUUGUAUUUAGAAUCCGGUGCAAUGAUGAAUUUCAUCUCGGUUGGAGUUUUGAAUAUUCCAUCUGAUCGUUAUCCAUGAAUUGGUUUUCUUUUGAAAUCUUUUCUGACUGUGUGUGUGUGCGCAUGUUACCUGAGCAGGUGUGAGCAGUGUUCCUGUUUAAAGGAGAACUCUUUUCUUCAGCUUACACGCUGUUUUUCAUUGCUCUGGUUCUGGUUUGUGCUGCUGUGACCGUAAUCCCGCCGCGUGCUCUGCUUUAAUAAAGUACCACUGCACAUCCGACUCUCGGCCGUCUGUCAACAAACUUGAAUAAAUGAUCUUUUUGAUUUUGA